AGCAGCAGAAUUGUUGCACAUUCAACCAUGCCCAUCAAAAAUAACCUUGUGAUUUACGAGGAUGUAUACAGAUCAGCGGUCGUGAACCAUGGAAUGUGGGAUCAAGUUCGGGUUGAUCAUGGCAAGGAGUUCUACCUGUGUCUUUACAUGCAGGAGAGGCUGUCAAGAUACAGACACAACCUCAGCAGGCCACCAUACCUCCAAACCACAUCAACAAGGAACCUUCGUGUGGAGAGGUUAUGGCCAGAGGUGAACAAUCGUGUGAACUACCCACUUAAACGGGCUCUGGUGCACCUGCUGGACCAAGAGGUUUUGAACAUGGAGGAUAACCUCACUAGGUUCUGCAUGUCAAAUCUGACAUGUCAAGUAAGCCAAAUUGGACUUAACAGAGUUGUGCGUUCAUGGAAUGCACACAAGAUACCAGGUCGUGGAAUACCCAAUGAACUAGCAGCAGAUGGCUGCCUGGCUAAAGUAUCCGAGGAGCUGCUGCCAUGUGCUUCUGUUGUGGGAAACCUAUAUGAGCAAGACUUGGGAUCCUCACUAACUUGGGAGUCUGUAUUUGGAGCUGAUCCAUUUUCAUGUGAAGAAGACAGAUGCCAUGCUGAGCAGAUCUUUGCAGAGAACUACCCUGACAUCUCUCUCAUUUUUAAUCAUGUGGUAAACAAUGAUGAUACUCCUUUCCAAGAUGCCUUAAUCUGCUUAAUGAAUGUGACAGCGAGAUAUGUCUGAAAAAAUUAAAUGUUUUAGUUGUGUUUUCACAGCAUGUGGUCUGCUUGAUUUGCUGGAUAAGCAAAGAAUUUAGUUUUUUUACUUAACAAUUCUGUAGUUGUUCAUAUGUUACAAAGCUGCCAUAAUUUC